AGUCGCCAAGGCUUUCGACGAUGUCUUGGCCUAAGGCGAUGGUAAUUGCUUUGCUGUUUAUUGUAUUAACGUUCGAUUUCGUUCAGUUGCAUCAACACCAAAGCGAUGAUGUCGUUUUCUACGCCCGGCCGGAUGCCCAGUUGUCCGUACGAGAACUGACCAAUGAACACGGUCUCGAUUAUGUUUCAGAAGUGUUUCCGGGAUCCAACUAUCAUCACGCUGUCAUCAAGAAGAAGGAGGGCAUGGAAAAGCUGUCAGCUGAUUCGAGGAUCACCUGGAUCGAAAGGCAAACAUAUCAACCGAGAGAAGUGCGAUUUAUUUCUUCGAUGAAGGAAUGUGAUUUCGAUUACAGAAAAAUAUUCUCAUUGGAGGAUAAGAAAGAAUUGAAAACAAAUGGGGUGGAAUUCAACGAUCCUCUAUACCCGUUACAGUGGUAUUUGCAUGGAAAGAAUGGCGAUGACGGACAUCAUUUGAACGUGACACCCGUGUGGGGCGAGGGUUUCACUGGCCGUGGGGUGGCAAUUGCCGUUCUGGACGACAACGUGAAUCCUUCGAAUCGGGAGAUCAGACGUAAUUACGAUCCAAAUAUCAGCGGCGAUUUGGGGGCUAGAACUGGGCCAGGCAUCAAGAAAAAUCCGAUUCAUGGAACAUAUUGCGCUUCCAUUAUCGCUGCCGAAGCCAAUAAUAAUUUUUGUGGCGUUGGUGUUGCUUUUCGAGCUCGAGUUGGUGGUGUUCGUCUUUUGGCAAAGAGGCGUGUCCUCGACGUCCAGGAGGCUAGAGCCCUCAACUACAAGCUGCCCGAAGUCGAUAUCUACAGUGCGUCAUGGGGCCCGCCAGAUGACGGCAAACACGUUGGAGGUCCAGGAGUAUUAGCCUCGCACGCCCUGGAACGCGGUGUGAAACUGGGCCGUCGUGGACUAGGUGCCAUUUACGUAUGGGCAUCGGGCAAUGGGGGCACCAAAGGAGAUAACUGCGCAUAUGACAGUUAUGCCUCCAGCAUCUACACGUUGUCCGUCUCCUCUUUGACACCCGAAGGUCUAUCUCCUUAUUAUGCUGAACCGUGCCCGGCUGUCCUAACAAGUUUAUACGUCGGAGGACAGCACGUCAGACCCCACACGGCCUUUGAUUCAAAAAGAACGGACAAUGUGGUAGUCCCGGAAGGGAACACCGGUUGCCAAAACCAGUUCCAGGGCACGUCGGCUGCUGCCCCACUUGCCGCUGGCAUCAUAGCGUUACUUCUUGAAGCCAACCCAUCACUUACCUGGCGGGAUGUCCAGCAUCUAGUAGUACUCAACUCUUCACCUCCGUAAUUUAAAAAAAGGCAAAAUGGAAGCACCGAUGAUUGGCCAAUCAACGGCGCAGGACUUCGUUCUAAUGUUCUUUACGGUUUCGGAGCAUUGGACGCCGGCCGACUCGUUAGCAUGGGGCGUGCAUGGAAAUCCGUCCCACCGCAGAUUCGAACAUCAGUUCCAUGCCCUACGGCCCGAGUACCUCUGCCGACUAAUCAGCCAAUCCAUCUCACACUUGACGUUGAUCCCUUUAGCACUCUUAUAUCUUAUUUGGAAUACGUUUCGGUAACGAUUGGUGCCAACGUGAAACCCAGAGGAGCUCUAGAAAUCUCUUUGCAAUCGCCAUCAGGCAUGGUGUCACCUUUACUCGCCGCAAGACCUAACGAUCAAAGCAAUCAAGGAUUGAUCCACUGGAAUUUGACCUCGGCUCAAUUUUGGGGCGAAAAUCCUGCAGGUCAAUGGCGGCUGUUUCUAUCCAAUCUGAGCCCAAAGAGCCAAGGAAUCCUUGAUUUCUGUUCGCUUACGCUUUAUGGAUUUUGAAGUGGCUUAGUGGGACGGAUAUUAUAAUGAUGUCAA